AUGCUAUGGUGCCUAGUCCACGAGAGUUCUGCCACGUCUAUCAUGUGCAGCAGGUACAUGGCUCAACAUCUCCUUGCUCAGCUCAGCUUUCAAAAUUAAUCCAAUAAGAUGUGAGUUCUGAUAGUGGUGUGAUGUAGUGGUUAGAAGAAGAAGAAGAGUUUGGAUUUGAUAUCCCGCCUUUCACUCCCUUUAAAAGGAGUCUCAAAGCGCCUAACAUUCUCCUUUCCCUUCCUCCCCCACAACAAACACUCUGUGAGGUGAGUGGGACUGAGAGACUUCAAAGAAGUGUGACUGGCCCAAGGUCACCCAGCAGCUGCAUGUGGAGGAGCGGAGACGCGAACCCGGUUCCCCAGAUUACAAGACUACCGCUCUCAACCACUACACCACACUGGCUCUCAAAAGUAGAGUUUUGGACUAGGACCUACGAGUCCAGGAUUCAAAUCGCCACUCAGCCAUGAAGCCUACUGGGUCACCCUGGGCCAGUUACCUCCUCUUACCUGAAUCUACCCCACAGGGUGGUUGUGAGGAUAAAAUGAGAGGAAGAAAACUAUGUAUGCCACCUUGAGCUCCUUGGAGGAAAAGUGGGAUAUAAAUGCAAGCCAAGAUCACUUCAGUAUACCAUCUGAAUCCAGCUAGAUUACAAACAUAGAAUGCAUGGAUAAGGGGGUACUAUUAAGUGGAGUGUGGUCUAUAGGCAGAAGAUGUUUCGGGGGGCGGGGAGGCGUUGGCUGCUAUAUGUUGGUCACUAUCAAACUGGCAGUGUGUAACACUACUUUUGCUUUGUAAUGGGUGUGCAACAUCCAAUUAUUUGGAAAAUCUCUUUUUAACGUAGCAAAUCAUGUUUUUGAAGAUUUGUGCAUUAGAGUCAUAGUUCCAAACUCUGCCUUGAGAAUCUUACUUACAAAAGGCUGGCUGUGUUCCCUGUAACUUUGGUGUUAAUCAGCUGCAAAGACAUGGGAGUUAUACUUGUGGAAGUGAACAUAUCACAGGAAGUUUUCUGGAUGUUAAGAAAAUUAUCUCUAGCAACUCUUUAAGCCACUUGGUGAUGCUCUGUUUUAGCUCUGUCACUAAUUGUUUAUCUAACUCAUCAAAGGCUCUACAUUCUCACUGGAGGCACAUUCAGGAUGAGUAACGCCAUGGUGCUUACCCACAACAGCUGCCACAUUUCCUCUCUUAGCCGCGCAGCACCCAAAUGACAAAGCCCUCCCUGGCCCUUUCAGUAUGGAGAAGCUACUCCAUGGAAAGUCUGUUUUGUUUAAACUUCAAAUGACUCACUAUUGUCAUGUGCGAGCUGGAUGUUUUAACUUAUUCAUGUUGUGAAUAUUAAAAGCCAACGAAAAGGGCCACUGGCUCCCUCCCUUGUGUCAAUAUAAGGAAUUCCACAUAUUACAUUGUGUAGGAGAUAUUGCAAAAGAACAGAAUUGAACGGGCUACAUUUAUUUUGUACAUGUUUCAUAUUUGGGUGGAGGAAAUAUUAUUAGGAACCUAGGAAGCCGCCUUCUACAGAGUCAGGGUGUAAAGAACCCAAAGAGUGCUCACUAAUGGUUUCCCAUUAUCCGGGGGGGGGGACAAGUGGGGCACCCCAUGGUUCUGUCCUGGGCCUGUUGUUGUUCAACGUCUUAUUGUUCAACUGUAGGGACAUCAAGGGAGAAUGCAAGGCAUUUAUUUAAGCAACAAGUAUCAGAUUUCAUACAUCUCUAGCAAUUUGGUACUAAGGUACUUUAAAGGCCAUAUCCUCCCACAAUAACCUCUUUGGACAUUAAAAUCAAUCUUGAAGCCAUGCACACCUUGAGGAUUGAUGCACACCUAAGACAGGGUCUUUUCUGUUUUGACACUCUGACUUGGGAAUGAUCACUCGGGGAGGGUCACCUGACACUGAGUCUGAUAUGUUUUCACAGGCAGAUGAAAAUGUUUUUACUUACACAGGCUGGGACCCUACCUGCCCACAGACUGUCUCACCAGAGUGGUGCAUGCUCUGGUUAUCUCCCACUUGGGCUACUGCAAUGCACUCAGCAUUGGGCUACCUUUGAAGGUGACUCGGAAACUAUAACUAAUCCAAAAUGCGGCAGCUAGACUGGUGACUGGGAGCAGCUGCCGAGACCUUAUAACACUGGUACUGAAAGACCUACUUUGGUUCCCAUUAUGUUUCCGAGCACAAUUCAAAAUGUUGGUGCUGACCUUUAAAGCCCUAAAUGGCCUCGGCCCAGUAUACCUGAAGGAGCGUCUCCAUCACUGUGCCUGGACACUGAGGUCCAGCUCCGAGGGCCUUCUGGCAGUUCCUUCACUGCAAGAAGUGAGGUUACAGGGAACCAGGCAGAACGCCCUCCCUUCAGAUGUCAAGGAAAUAAACAACUAUCUGACUUUUAGAAGACAUCUGAAAGCAGCCCUGUUUAGGGAAGUUUUUAAUGUUUGAUCUUUUAUCUUGUUUUUAGUAUUCUGUUGGGAGCCACCCAGAGUGGCUGGGGUAUAAACAAUGUUGUUGUUGUUAAUGUUUUUAGACUGUUGAUCUAACUUAACAUCACAGUGGACACAUUUUAUUUUGGGCAGCUCUGUUUGUUCUUUACUGUGUGUGUGUGUGUGUGUGUGUGUGUGUGUGUGUGCGCGCGCGCACACACACACACACGUGUGUUUAUCCUGUUUUAAAUUACUGUUAACUGCUGUGACUGUCUUUGGGCUGAAGAAUGAGAUAAGAUAUGAAAGGCUGAACUAAGCAGGGGCAUUUUCAUGUAAUAUCAAUGCCAUGUACUCUGCUUGAACUUCACAUGUGGAAGAAUUCAUUUUCCCUAUCCAUACCUUUGCUUUGAGCUCCUGAAGCAAUGGCUCCAACUGAGAUUAAAUGGCUUGCGCAAGUCAGCUCCUUUUCUCUCACCUUCCUUUCCUCCACCUUAAGAAAUGGUUGAAACCCACUUGUUUGCCAGAACCAUUUCUGUUCUGAAAACUAAACACAAGAAGACAAGAAAAACAUUACUGCCACAUGACAAAAGUCUAGAAGGCAUCUCUCAUUGAAAAGAAAUGGUGUGCAGGGGAAACUCACCUAUAGCUCAGUUUGUAAGUCAGCAUGAAUGUGUGCAUCUAUUAAUUUCAGAUCUCCUGGUUUCUCAUUUCCCCCAGUCUUUAUUUCAGUUCUCCACAUUUCUGCAGCAAUUUUCAAUUUUUAAAAACAAAAUUCUCAUUAAAUUUGGCAGCAUUUUAGUGCAAAUUUCUCCUACUAAACACAUUUAGAGAAGUGCAGAUUUUGAAGGAGGACUGUAUUUUGGUUCUCAUAUUGCUUCAGAAAGUGCAAAUUAAUUAGAUUCACCUUUAAAUGCAAACCCCAUCAAAUUUCUCCCCUAUUCCGAUAAGCUAGUUAAGAGAAUGUGCAUGACUUUUGGCCAAUUUACUCCUAUUGAUUUAAAUUAGGCUCUCUAAGAAUAAAACCACGUCUUUUCUCACAACUGCAUAGUCAGCUGGCCAACCACAGGGCUUUUAUUCUUGCUAAGUACCUGUAAACAUCACACUAAUUACACAUAGCUUUGUCUUCUGCAUGUGUGGCGCAAUUGCUCCUUAAAGAUAGGGAAAUUCUGAGAAGUAUAUACUGUCUUUAUUUCAUGCCUUGUAGCAAAUUGUCAGAGCAUGGAAAAUAAUAGAUAUCGUAAAAGCACAAAGCGUGCUUCCCAAGAGAAAUUAUUGAAGCACAGGGACUGGAAAACUGCCUCGGCUUCUUCAAUUUUGUUUGAUGCUGGUUUGUUUUUCUUUAAACAGUCCCCUUCAGGCAUUCACUGGAAAGGGCAAUGGAUUCCUGCCCCCAAUGUCCUCAUCUGCACAUGAGGACCAUUAUGAUUUGUGACCGUGCAGAUCAAGGGGGUUGUAGGCAAGCUUCAUUAUUCCCAGGGGGAAAGGGCAAUAACCUAUGUCCCACUUAUUCCUAGAAAAGCAGUCUGAUGAGCCUGGCUGAGGCCUUCUGUUGCUGGCUACCCUCCCCUUUUCCAAGGCAAGUGGUUUCUUCCACCUCAGGGAAAGGAGAGGUGUACCUACUGGGAAAGAAAGAGGGAGGAUAGGGUGCAGUGUACAGCAUAAAACAAAUACAAAACAACAACAACAACAACAACAACAACAACAACAACAACAACAACAGAUAAAACUUUGAAAUCUACUUGCUCAUAAAUUUAAUCUAUGCAUGGUAUAAAUGGAUCCAAAAUACUAUCCUUUUUGAUCUGAAUUACCGUGCAAGCCUAACACCCACAUGUGUUGGUGGGGAAAGGUAAAAAAACUACUAGCCCUCAGUGGAGGCUUACAACAGGGAAAACAGGGAUAAAGUUCAAAUCAACACUACGAAAACAAGUUCAUAGUAACAUAGCAGGAGGCCCCAUUAGCUAAAGUGGUGCUUCAGGUUAAGAACAGUUUCAGGUUAAGUACGGACCUCUGGAAUGAAUUAAGUACUUAACCUGAGGUACCACUGUAGGGGGUUUCUUAACAACUCUCAGCAUGCUACACAAACUACAGUUCCCAGGAUUCAUUGGGGAAGGCAUGACCAUUUAAAGUGGUAUAAUUCUGCUUUGGUCCUUACACAGGAUAUACACUAGCAUAUCUGCCCUGUGAUCUGGUACCUGGUUAGGCUUGCUCUGCCCCAUUGCUUAGCCAUUGAUUUGUUUUUUUAUAGUUGAACAUCAAAUUUUCUUUUUAGUGAUUCUGGCCUCUGCUGCCGCUAAAGGAAGGAUCUCUUUUUGACUCAGGUUCCUCAUCUCUAUUGAAAAACAACACUUUGGAUGUUCUCUCUUUCCCUGCUGUGUUGCUUAUGCAGUCCCUCUCCUGCCCUAUAAUGAUGUUGACUAUACUUUAUGUAGCUAAUUAAUCCAGAGCUGUAAUAUAUUCCAGCAGCAAAUAAUGUCCCAGAAUUUCUCUUUGGGAUUCUCCACGGGACCGUGGGUAUAUUUCUGUGGGGGGGUAUAUAUAGCUAACUUAAAGCAGAAUUUAUGAUCUAAUUGGAGGAUAGGAGAGAGGCAGCAGUGGUUUGUGUAAUUCUAGAACUGGGACUCUGUAAAACCUCUAGCCAUGAUGCUUCAAGGCAGAAUGGCAGCACUUGGUUAUUAUUAUUUUUUAAAGGCAGAAUAAUUAUUUCAAACAUCUUACAAUUGACUUUAAAGGACAAGUUUAUUUAAGCAUCUUCAAAUGCAAAGAGCUAACAUUUUUCCUAUAAGACCCUGCUGUGACUAUCACGAAAAGGCAGAGGUUAUGAAUGUAAAUGUCUUAGAGCUGGGGCAACUUUUUCAACCUGAAGGCUUUGUUCCUUUCUGGGUAAGCUUCUGAGGGUCACUGGUGGAUGGGCCCAGUGGCAAAAGUGGAUAGGACAACAACUGUAAAUUUCACCUUUGUAGGCCAAUUUCUACACAGACUCGCACACCCCUUUUAUCCUCCAUCCACUCAGGAGUCAUGAUCAGAGUUUAAGGAAACAUCUCAGGCAGGCAAAAACACUCAAGGAGGUUGUGAAGCACUCAAGGGGUGGCCGAAAGUCUCCACCCCUCUCCUCCUUUGCUCUGUUACUCUGUAGCGUCAAAUAUUCCUGACGAGUCAGGAAACAAAAACAGUUAUUUCCAGUGCAUAGUUGUUCCCCCUCCCCCCCAAAAACUCAACAACCUUUAGUUGCCCCCCCAAGAAAUCUGGGGGUGGUUAAACUAAAAUUGGGGGCGCUGGGUGGAUCUUUGCACCCCAGCGAUGCAUAUGCUAAAGACGGCCCUGAUGGCAGCAGGGGUGGGCAGGGUACCUACAGGGAUGCUGCACUACAGAAUUCUGCUGCCCGAUGUAGCUUAUUCAGUCUGCCUCAUGGCCCUGGAAGCACUUUUUGAAAUGGCUCCAUUACCAUUCAUUUUGUAGGGGGUAAUUUGUGGCAAACCUAGACAGCAUCUUAAAAAGCAAAGACAUCACCUUGCCAACAAAGGUCCGUAUAGUUAAAACCAUGGUUUUCCCAGUAGUGAUAUAUGGAAGUGAGAGCUGGACCAUAAAGAAGGCCGAUCGCUGAAGAAUUGAUGCUUUUGAAUUCUGGUGCUGGAGGAGACUCUUGAGAGUCCCAUGGACUGCAAGAAGAUCAAACCUGUCCAUUCUGAAGGAAACCAGCCCUGAGUGCUCACUGGAAGCACAGAUCGUGAAGCUGAGGCUCCAAUACUUUGGCCACCUCAUGAGAAGAGAAGACUCCCUGGAAAAGACCCUGAUGUUGGGAAAGAUGGAGGGCACAAGGAGAAGGGGACGACAGAGGACAAGAUGGUUGGACAGUGUUUUCGAAGCUACCAGCAUGAGUUUGACCAAACUGCGGGAGGCAGUGGAAGACAGGAGUGCCUGGCGUGCUCUGGUCCAUGGGGUCAUGAAGAGUCGGACACGACUAAACGACUAAACAACAACAAAUUUGUGGUUUGACAAAAAAAAAUAUGGUGAGGACAUUGAGCGGGGCUUCUGAAUUUCAUUAUGAUAGUAGUGGGGAACCUCUGGCCCAUCUGCCUCUUCCCCUCUCUGAAGCCCCGUCUUUUCACUUUACAACUAAUUUCCUCAUCAGCUGAGCAGUGGGGGGAGAUUGUGGGGAGAUGAGAUUUCAGCAUCCCUUGCUGAGAUAAGAUGGCACCCGGCACACUUCCCCUGUGCUGAUGGACGCUUGUGCCGAUAGGAAAAACUUGAACUCUUAGCAGAGUUCUUAGCAGAGUUCUGCAGCGGUAGAAAGUGUUGCCUUGUGUGUGGAUAAUAAAUCAGACUGAACGCAGGCUUCUUGCUAAUCUCUAACAGCCUUUAAUGAGAAGAAAAACAUCAUAAAUCAGCCCGGCGAGAGAGCGGACAUUCUUUCGUCUCUCAGCCAAAAACGAAAGGAAACUCACACACAAAGAAAGAUUCCCGUAUGUGAACCAAACCACGCCUCAGAAUGUGAGACGUCACACAGAACUGUUUAACCCUGUAAGUUCUGAGUCUCCUCACAUCCCUUCCCUCCACUACCUUCCUACUCAACUGAUGGGAGGAAAAUAGCCCAGAAGAGGGAUACUGUGACAGAAUUGGCCUGCAAAGCUAAUAGUGGUUAAACACAACAUAGUGCCUAAAGUCAGUGGCCUGGUCUCUCACUGGCUUUUCCAACAAGCCCAAAGUAGCUGUAAAAUCUUCACUCUGGAUCUUUACUCAGAGAUCAGAGGCUUCUUAAGCCUUUCCCUGGCUCCAUAUUUUGCUGCAAGACAAGAACACUUCUUUCUUCCUCUUCCACUGCAAAAGACUUGGGCCAGCCUCCAUUCGCAAUGCCCCCCACUCCUCCUUCCCGCAUACAUCUAAGGAAUGACUUUAUGAAAAGUUAGGAAGACAGGGAUCUAACAUGCUGGCAUGUUUGGAAUAGCCAUUUAAGAGAGCCUAAAGGCCUGGGUGGAGGGGAAAUUGUGAGUGCCAUCUACUAAGUCCGGGGGCAGGCGGGAUGAUCUGAUAGAGGUAGAAACAAGAGAGACAAAAGGCUUAUAAACAUUUGUGUGGUGAUCACAGCAUUUAAGGAAAUUUUAAAAAUGCAGAUCACCAUUUCAAUGAGCAUGUGGAGCUGCUGUGAUCUGUCCUUACCCUUGUUUUUUAAACAACAGGUAACAAAAAAUGUGUUAGCUUUCCAACUUCUAUCUGUUUGCUCAAAAUAAAUUGCUCUGUGCUUUCCUCCUGGCUUAUAAAAUGGAGUUUUUCCUCCCUCUUUCUAUCUAGCUCAGGACAAUCGGAAAUGGUAGCAUUUUAAUCACUUAAUAGAUAUCUGUGGUGUUGUAAAUAUUUUCCUUUUUCUGGGAUAUACAGCUUGGGGAGAAUAAGGUUGCUGUUUUGCUGCCUGUCUGAGCACAAAUUAGUGGAUUCCUGACUCUGUGUAUUUGUGUGGGUGACAUAAUAAAGUCAGAAAGAAAUUGCUUUCAUUUGCUUUCUGGAACAGUAACAGUGUUGGACUGCCGUGCUAAAAAAAAAAGUUUGUGUAUACUUUUUUGGGGGAAUAGCCCAAAUGAUCCCAAGCAAAUGAUCCCAAGCAGAAUCACAGUGAAUUAUUUUCCUAGUUCACUAAAAUCAUACUUCUCUGAGCUUUGGGUGUGAAAGCAUGAUCUAAACAGCACAGCUAGACUAAAAAGGUAGCAUGAUUCUUUUGCAAUCAUGCUUUCCCUUAACAAACAAACCUUUCUUUCUUUCUUUCUUUCUUUCUUUCUUUCUUUCUUUCUUUCUUUCUGUUCCUCCCUUCCUCUUUCCUUCUACAUGGAAAGUACUUCCAGGAAGUGGGGGCAAUGUGAACAAAAAUUCCCUUUUCUAGUUAUUUUGUUUUUUAAAUGUAAAAUCACCUAUCACAAUAGCCCCUGGGCAUACUUGCCUGUAAUUUGGCAAGUUUCUUCUCCCCCAUGUCCUCAGUUUUCAAACUGAUUAAAAACAACAACUUGUGUUUUAAUAUCAAUCUAAUUUGAAUAUAGCAAAAAGAUAUGCAUCCAGAUCUACAUUGUCAAGCAUUCAUCACAGGAGUGCUAACUGAUGUGGCCAAAGUACCAGAGAUUCUAUUUUCCCUGUAUUAAAUGUGAAGGUGAAAUUCCAGUCAACGGUUGAAUAAAACAUCCAGGUUAUAUGUGCCAUUUCUUUAAAGUGUAGCAGGCAGCUAAGCCCAGUGGAUCUAAGGAAGUUUCAAGGCAGAGGUUGCUGAGCAAUGAAGCGGUGAAAGCAAUUAAGAGAAACUGUGGGAACGUCCUUAGCCUUGUUUCUUGCCCAGAAAUCCUCCAUCUAUGGUGCUUUAGUGUGUUCAUUCAUUCAGCAAAUUAUGCAAUAAAAUAGGUCACCAUUUUACAGGUGGGGACCUGAAGCAAGAAGUCCUGAACUGCCCAAAAAACCGGAGUGAGUCCAUGGCACAGGUCUCCCUAAUGUAAGCCCAACUGAUUAUCCAAAUGAUCACAGUUCCUCCUAUUUGGCUGAUGAAGAGAAAUCAGAGCCUGUAGCAGAAAUGAGCUAGAAAUAUUCUGGCAUGAUCAGUUGUGCUUUGCUGUGCUUGCAAUUAUAUUAUUUUUUAAAGCAGCAAACAGCAAUUCAGAGAAGUGUGAUCUGGAUAGCGAAAGGAUGCAGUUACUAAAAUUGCAUAUAUAUUGCUGUGACUAACAAAACAGAGGUAUUAAAGUCAAAGCAAACAUUUUCAGCUUCUACCCUUCUUCAGCCAUCCUGAUGUGAAUCAAAGGGUGCUUAUGCCAAGGUGGCAGUUACAGAAUAUUGAGGGCAGGAUAUGCAGAAGUGCUGCAUUUGCUGUUGAUAGCAGGAGUGGAUUGGGGGAGGACGGAGGACACAGCAGCAGCACCCUCAGAGGUGAUGGCGCUGUGUUCACCAGGGCAAUGAUGGGAUGAGUCAGGGGGCUCUGGGUUGGUGGUGCCAGUGUCCUGAACUCCCACAACAUAACUUUGCCAGGAGAACACUGUUGUUCACAGGCAAAUUUGCAGGCAAAGGAGCCACUCCACAGUGGAUUAAACCUGCCAAAUUUCAGGCAGAACUAUCCACUGUUUUUCAGCUGAGUAAUGUUAAGGACUACCCCAGAUCACCCAAUUCAACUCACUACUUGCAGUACACACAGAGCCGAUGCACACUCCUAGUAUUUACAUAAGGAGGACGGGAUAUAAUUGCUCAAAUACAACAAAACAACUACAUAUAGUCUAUUGGUACCUUGAAAACUUUAAACGUUAAUUUGUUUAAGCUACCACAAAACUAUUUGCCGUUUAUCCUAGAGUUACUAGUCACUGACACAUAGCAUUUCAAAAACUCAUUAGAAGUACCCCGGGAACUCAGUCUGUUUUGCAUUGUUGGCCUUUUCAUCCCUGCUGCUAUCCUCACUUGAAGGCAGGUUUACUGAAGCAUACUAGCAGAAUGUGGAGGGCUUGCCGAUAUUUCUGAUUCUUUUGAGUGCAUAUUGCUUUGGCUGUCUUCACAAAGUUUUUAUGCCUAAUGUAGGCAGGCCUAGGCAUAUUUGUCUGAGCUGUAUUAUUCUGAUACUGAGAGAGAGAGAGAGAGAGGGAGGGAGGGAGGGAGAGAGAGAGAGAGAGAGAGAGAGAGAGAGAGAUGUAGCUGUACAGCACUAAGCUCAGCAAUGGGAAGAAAGAAACAGUUAGCGGAAAAGGCUCUUUGUACUCUGUUGCCAUGAUGCCUACACAAAGCCUUAAUGAAGGUGACGCAGGUGGCAAAUAGAAAACAUUUUAUCUUUCACUGACCACCACCAUUGUAUCUUUCUCUCUUGCAUCCCCUGCCUAUUAGGUGUCUCUCCCACCUGUGACUCAUGCUUGAUGCUUCUAGUAUGAUGAAAUCCACUUAGCAUCUGUAAUACAACUGCAAAUUUUAUACUAUAGCAGACAUGGCAUAUGAAUGGUAGAAAAGUGGUAUUUGCAUACCAUACUUUUGAGACCCUGUUCCCAUGUGGAUUGGGGGCAGGGAAGAGAGAAGGUAGGGUAGUCAAUGAACUGGGGGGGGGGGGCAGGGGGCGGAGGCCAGAACUGGCUAGUGAACCAACUUCUCCAAAUACAGGAGAGCCAUGAAAGUGAUCAUGGCAUCUAACCAGAUCUUCCUUCACACUUCCUGAAUGUCUGUUGGAAAACCUUGAAUAACUGAUAAUUGUGUGGUCAUGGAAAACUAAAUAGGCCAGCUAAAUAGCUGAUUUGUAUAGAUAUAUAUUACCAUUGGCUAUUGACCGUUGAACAGUGAUAAAUGGCCUAAUGUGUGAAUAGAAUGAAUUUGAGCCAAUUUCAAUGACUAUUAACUCUUAAGAUAAACAAAUAGUUUUGUGGUCACUUAAAGUUGAUUCCUGCAUUGCAGGGGGUUGGACCAGAUGACCAUUGAGGCUCCUUCCAACACUACAAUUCUAUGAUUCUAUCUGCCACCAGUAUAGAAAACUCUUGAUACCAAAAGGUGCUGAUAAUGUAGAAGCAAUUUGGAAACUUCCUUAGAUUUGCCGCAUCGUUACUUUAUUCGGUCUAUGUGUGUAUGUAGAUAAGACUAUAAAAACAUUAAAAAGUAUGUUGAAUUAGACCAGUGUCUAAUUAGACUACUGUUCUCACAGUAGUGAACCAGAUGCCUAGGGUAAGCCCAAAAGAAGGACCUGUGUACAAUAGCACUCAACGCACUCAACAGCAUGGAUGACCCCCCAGGGUCCCUUCUAACUCUACAUUUCUGUGAUUCUUUGACCAUAGCUUGAGAUUCCCAGCAACUGACAUUCAGGCUGCCUCCAACAGUGAAGGCAGAACAUAGUCAUUGUGUGUCAGGGACUGGUUGGAACAGGAAGACUGGGAAGUGUGCACUCAGUCUAAUCAGCUUCUCUCCGAAGAGGAGGAGGAGGGGCAAGCUUCGUCCCCCUUCUACAGCAGUUUCUGGAGGAGAGAGAGAGAUGCUAUACCGUAUGAGGAAGAAUUGCCUAGUUACGAGAUAGGGGAGGAGGAAGGGGGGUGAGAGCGCAGCUGGCAGAGACCUCCCUGGAGAGUAUGGAGGAUCCUCCAUCUCCACGGGCCAGUCGGUCCCUCCACGUUCUAGAACAGAGAAGGCAGAGGGGUGGGACUCCUGGGACUUCCCAUUGGUGCUUAGGAUGUUGUCGGGGACAGAAGAGGAGGAGCUCAGAGUAGCCAACGUCUCUCUUUGUGUGGAGACAUGGUUUCUUGUCUUGCAACCAGAUGACUGAACAAAAAGGACUAUAAAAUACAAACUGCUUGUUAUUCAUUCCUUUGAUGCUACCGAAGGAGGAGAGGACUCUCCAUGCCUGACAUUGUGGCUAGUGGCAAUUGUUAGCUUUACCCUAACUACAUGACAUUUAGAAGACAUCUGAAAGCAGCCCUGUUUAGGGAAGUUUUUUAAUGGCUGAUGUUUUAAUGUAUUUUUAAUCUUUUGUUGGAAGCCAUACAGAGUGGCUGGGGAAACUCAGCCAGAUGGGCAGGGUAGAAAUAAUUUAUUAUUAUUAUUAUUAUUAUUAUUAUUAUUAUUAUUAUUAGCCAUCCAAUUUGGUGACGCUCACUACUUCUUGCAGGAACAAAUUGGAUAGUUUUAUCUAUGUGCUUUUGUGAAGAAGGACUUUCUUUAGUCUACCCUUAAUCUUUCAACUUUCUAGUGAUAGAGGGAGAACAACCUUUCUUUAUCCACCUUUAAUUUUAUUAAUUAAAUUCUUACAAUGCGUGCACACACACACACACAUAUAUAUAACGUACAGAUAUGUAAUACAAUAUCCCACCCUUACCCAGAGAAUGGAGAGAAGCGUUCCUAUCUUGUAGCCAUAUGGGUUAGUCAAUUCAGGCAAAAGAAUCUCUGGGUGAAGGUCUCUGAUGUUUAAUGCUGCCUGCAGUCCAAUAUUGCUCCCUUCUGGCCUUUGAAAUCAAUCUGUCCAAAAGACAGGUUCUCAGAAUUGCAAAAACUUAAUAGAAAUCAAUUCAUCAGUCAAUUGUGUUUACUGAGACCAACGGAAUCAAUGAAACUUAAGUGACUGAUGCUAACCUGAAGACCCUGCAGUAGAAACUAUUGGGAUUAGAGUUAAACCAAAACAAGUCUUUUCAAUUUAAUUUUCUCCCUCAUUUUUGUCAAAAAGCCUCUCCUCUUCUUCCCUUUGUUAUGAUUUUGGCUGCCCUUUCAACAUUUUCUCUUACUUUCCAUGCAAGUCUGGAGCAUGAGAAGGAAGUGUGCGGAGAAAUGGAAGAGCAAUUCUUUUGAUCCGCUUUUCACAGGAGAAUGGCCACAAUUGAUGGUGCUGAACUUGCUUGCUGAUUGGAACGAAGCUCUUGGGCAGAUCACACACUUUUCAGGGUUUUGCAAUGUCAUUUCAUUGUGCAAAAAGUGCACACAGAAUUGGUUUUGUUGUUGUUGUUAAAAUGUAUAUAAAAUGCAUAUUUAGUAGGGAAAUGCAUUGAAAAGCAUAGAAUAAUGUCCUUACAACAACAUGAGCAAUGAUGCAUACAUGCAAUUUUAAUAUCAAUUUUUCAUGCGUUCUUUCAAAAGAUCUGCACAGAACAGGUGGAACAGAUUUUGGAUUGAGUGCCAGUGAAAAUGAAAUGGGCAUAUCGCAGCCAGAUUAAGUGUUUGCAAAGUGGGCUGCAAUCCAAGGCCCACUGUCUGAAGGAGCCCAUCAGCUUUCUAGACCCAUCUGCCAAUGACAUGCAUACAGUGGUUUUUUUUUUCUUUUCCUUCCUUAUGUGUACAGUUUACAGUUAAUUGACAAAAAAAAGCAUCAGGAAAAGAAAGAAAAAAACCAAUUCAGAAUCUGGAUUGUGCAUGGUCCUGUGUUUAUCUCAUGCUAACUGUGAGAACAUAUCCCCAAAAAGCAAAGGGAAGAGGGAUUUAUUGUUAGGGGUGUGCACCUGCCACAAGAGUUGACUUUUUCCUGUCACCUUGGGAAGCUUCCAAAGCUUUGUUCUGGAGCUUCUUUGUGUCUUUGCAAUUUGACUUGUGAUUCGGGACUGAAUUAGAGCUGUUAAAAACAAAGCUCCAUUUCUCCUUUCCCAUGCACCAUCAUAGGAAAUUUUAAAAUGUCUAGAACUCCCCCCCCCCACUCUUUCACAGAUGUGGAUGAAAUCUUCAGGAAGAUCAACCCGUUUAGAGUGGUUUAAACCUGUCGAGUUGUACACAGAUACAAUACAGGCAUUUUUGUGCAGGGCACCUUUAAAUUUUACUUUUUAAAAAAAGUAUCACUUUACAUUUUCUGCCAGAAUCGGAGGCAGUUUGCAGGCAUGAAGAGAUAUGAAGCCUAACAAAUUACGGAAGGGUAGCUGCAGUUUGCUAGGGCAGACUUUACUGUUUUGCAGUGGGUAAAAUAGGAAUUUUCGGAGGGCUACUGGAGGAAGAAAAGAGCUUGAUUCACUAGGAAAGACUGCGGUGCUGAAAAUGUCACCCAGCUCCCCCCCAAAAAAAUCCUUGAGACCCUGUUACCCCAAGCGUAAUUGAGGAGGGUCCAUGUCUUCUAGGUUUAUGAGGUUGAAUGGAAAUAUCUGCAUAGACUUUCAUAGGGGAAAUCAUAGAUCCAUGUGAAAAUCAGUUUUUGAUCUGUUUCUCAAAUCACUGUGAUUGGAGUGUCCUGGGAAAUUAAUUCCAUGUUAUUAAAAGCUAGCUCUGUCCAUCAAAAGAGAAGAUUGCCCCCCUCCACACUAUUACACCCCUCCUUUCUCAAGCUCUGUGUUUCCCCAGUCAUGGCUUCAUUUCUCAGGAAAACAAAACAAAACCCAUAUGUUUUUUGAACAGCUGAGACCCCUGAGUGACUUGAAAGCUUCAGGAACCCCUGAUCCCAAAUAGAUUUUGUUUUGUUUUGUUUUGUUUAUUUUAAAAAAUUGAUAUACCACUUGAUUGUGAGGGGGGGGGAACCAAAGCUGUUUACAAAAUUUAUAAUACCUUGUUAAUGGUGUGGCUUGAUUCAGAAAUCUCCAAGUCAUCCCCAUUUGCCUCAUAAUUUUUGGGUUCACACAGAGCCGAUGCACACCCCUAUUAUUAAUGAUGUGAUGAUAAAAAUUUCUGCACCCCUUUUGGCUGAGUUGGGUAUCGAUUCCUAUUGCUUAGGACAGCCCAUGUCAUCCAGCUCUCAGCAGGGAAGUGUGGAGCCACUGAAAAUCUUACUUUAUGAACUGAAUCUACACUGUUUUGAGAACUAUCAUGAAUUUAUUGCAGCUUCCAAAAAUUGGAAGUGGUCCACAUCACCACAGCACUUGGAACAAAGUAGCAAGAUAGUCAAAGAAAAACUUCACAAGAGAACAAUACUGGACCUUCAAGUAUAUUGCCAAUUACUUGUGCAUCUGUUCAAAUUGCCAUGAAAUCAAUGAUCCUGGCAAAUAAUCCAGCAUCUUUUUUUCCCUUUGCUGCGACAUAGAGAAUCAGCUUGCUCGUUAAAUAGCAAUUGGAUUUCGUAAACUUAGCGGUGAAGUCCGGCCAUUAUGGAAUGAGUCCUUCUCUACUGGAAAAGUGUUAGAGCUAAUACUAAUUAAAUAUCCUUCUAAUAAAGCAUUGGUAGUUAAUCACAAUGAGCUGGAAUUAUACCUUAAUUAGCUGUGUAGCUAAGUGAAACUAAACAGCCGUGUCUUUGAACUGCCAUAGUGGCUUGCAAUUUACUGCAGAGCCACAUAUGAAGUCUGAGGAGGAAAUGGUUUUGUCUGCAUUAUCUAUAGCUUUUGCCUGCUAAAGGGAGCUACUGUUCUCUCCUGAGUUACACCCUCAGAAUGGUUCCGUGUUGUAGUGGUUGGUGUGGGCCGUGGUGCUUCCCUGACCUCCCAUCUCUGGUGUCACUGUGACUUAACAGGAGAGUGAGGCAAGAGGGCAGAGAUGGGGAGGCACCAGCAAAAACGCCAGAUUGGUCCCACUGCUACGUUUGCACCAUGCACCUCAUGCCUUCCCCGCUCCAUCCCUCCUUCCCUCACAGCAAUGCCAGUGAUGGGAGGUCAGGUAAGUGACUGCUGCUCCUUCAUUGGGACCCUGGCUACCCCUGUGCAGGGAUUAGGAUGGAGUCUGCACUCUGAGCAGAACUUAAGUGAGAGGGCUUCAGAGCUGGCCAUCUUGGGGCACAACAAAACAACACCACCACAAACUGGCUUAUAAGUAUAAAACCAGAUUUACUAGAAUAAUAGCUAGAAUAGAGAUAGACUUUGUAACCAUUCAAACAACAAACAUACCAAGAUGCCAUGUGCAAGACAAAGCCUGGAGAUACUGUAAACAUGGAGUGGAUAAAUGUACAACUGUAUCUUAACAAGUUACAUGUGCAGUAAACAUUAUACAGACUGGAUAAAUGAUCCGUUCAACAAGUAGUGUAAGUCCAAUCACAGAAUGGCAACCCCGUGCCACCACAAUGGCAAGGGUAGCACACUGGAGAAUAUGAAAAAGUUUUUCAAAGAUUGAACUGGAUGAGAUGUUCUUCAAUGGGUCUUGAGUUGGAAACACAAAGCCGUAUGCAUGGACCAAUCACGGGAAGGCAAAUCAAAGCCACCACCCUGGUGAGAAUAACGCAAGUGGGCAAAAGGAGAUCUGUUUUCAGGAUAUAUUACAGGUUUCGCUACACGCUUCAUCAGUCCGAAAAGCCAGUCAUACAAAAUGGUUUGCUCAGGAUAAAGAAAGUAUUCACAGGCACAGCCAUGAGCAGGAUCCACAGAGGCAGCAGAUCCAGCCUCCAAAGAAUGCAUUGAUGGUGGCUGCCACAGUGGCGGUGACAGCUGUGGUGCACUUUUUGGAGGUCAGAUUUGCCUCCUUUUUGGAUACCCACCCCUACAGAAGCCACCAGUAGGGAGGAAAUAGCUGAGGCUGCUCUGCCUAGUGUGAAUAAGAGCAGCCCCCCCCCCCCGCAAUGGCUUUGAGUCCCACUUCAGUUGUUAGGUAAGGUUGAUUUGAUCCCCUUCCCUUGUUCCCGAUAUAGGUCUUGUACUUGUACCAUUGUACAAUGUCUGUAAGUACUAUCUGUGUUAGUGCCUGGAGGCGGUUGGAGGAUGGAUGGCGGCUAACAGAUUGAGCUUGAAUCCUGACAAGACAGAAGUACUGUUUUGGGGGGACAGGAGGCAGGCAGGUGUGGAGGACUCUGGUCCUGAAUGGAGUAACUGUGCCCCUGAAGGACCAGGUGCACAGCCUGGGAGUCAUUUUGGAUUCUCGCAGCUGUCCAUGGAGGUGCAGGUCAAUUCUGUGUCCAGGGUGGCUGUUUAUCAGCUCCAUCUGAUACGCAGGCUGAGACCCUAUCUGCCCAUGGACUGUCUUGCCAGAAUGGUGCAUGCUCUAGUUAUCUCCUGCUUGGACUACUGCAAUGUGCUUUACGUGGGGCUACCUUUGAAGGUAACCCGGAAACUGCAAUUAAUCCAGAAUGCAGGAGCUAGACUGGUGCCUGGGAGUGGCCACCGGGACCAUAUAACACCGGUCCUGAGAGAUCUGCAUUGGCUUCUAGUACGUUUCUGAGCACAAUUCAAAGUGUUGGUGCUGACCUUUAAAGCCCUAAAUGGCCUUGGCCCAGUAUACCUGAAGGAGCGUCUCCACCUCCAUCAUUCUACCUGGACACUGAGGUCCAGUGCUGAGGGCCUCAGCCAGAUGAGUGGGGUAUAAAUAAAAAAUUAUUAUUAUUAUAUGAUGAUGAUAAUGGAGGGAUAGAUUAUACAUACAUAUAUACAUACAUACAUACAUACAUACAUACAUACAUAGCCUUCAAGGCAUUGGCUGUUCCUAUCAAGAGAAAAGGGGGAAAAAACUUUUCAUUUUCAUUACUGUGGGAUAAGAAAACAGGAAUCACAUGUCAUUUGUCUAUUCCCACCCCCACUCCCCACUGCAGAAUGGCAGUUUUAUUUCUUUAAAAUAGAUCUUACAUUCUUUCAUGGCAGAAUAAAGAAAUACCUAACUGACAACAACGGAAAGAGGGCACCGAUUUGCACAAUAUUUGCACAGGGUAAUUUGCAUGGGCAAGACUGGGAGCAGGUGACCUGUCUGCCUGUUAAGUUUACUAUCCAUCCAGGGGCUCACCAACAUGAAUGGCUUUAAAAGACAAAGUCAAGGUGAGACAAAGCUAUCCACGGUAGCUGUGGUGGCAAUGGUGGUUUUAUUCCGGAAUGCUGAACGGGUUGGGCUCUUCUUAUGUUUUUAGUGGUGCCUUACAAGAAAUGCAGAAAAAGAGCUGUUUCUUUGCGAUAAUAUCUGUGGUGUUCACUGAAUUAUAAAUGAACUGUGAUGAAAACCCGCUAGCACAUAUGCAUUUUUCCAUAUUAUAAACUUUUCACUAAUUUGAUUUAAUGGUGUAGGAGGUCCCCCACCCCCACCCUGAUCACAGCCAGAGAAAAUAAAUAUUAAUUGUUCUUCCCUUGCCAUCGAGAAAGGCACUGUGCUCGUUUGUAACAGGCAUGUGCAAACAUAUUUGCAUAAUACAAUAAAAUGUUGCCUUCAAAUGCAGCUGUUGCCUUUUGCAGUGAAUACUGUUGUUUUCCUAUUUGUCUCAUCCUGAGCUGCAGGGUCAUUAAUGUCAAACUACUGUAGCGACUACAGCUAUGGACAUCCUGGUUUUCAAAAAAAAUUUGCAAUAGUACCCAACUCAAAACGAAUUUGAUUGGUAUCAGUAAGGUAAUUCAGUGCUCAAAGCAACAACAACAAAAAAGUUGAACAAUUAUCUGCUGUUCAUAUAACAGGUCAGGGAUAGGGUUGACGGUUACAUUCCAGCUAUGUAAUUAACAGAAAAUAGCAUAAAGUAAUUCGGGCUUUUUAGUUUAGAAAAAUACAAGUGAGAAGGGAGAUAAUAGAUGUGUACAGUGGUACCUCGAGUUACAAACACCUCAGGUUACAAACGCUUCAGGUUACAAACUCUGCUAACCUAGAAGUGUUACCUCAAGUUGAGAACUUUGCCCCAGGAUGAGAACAGAAAUUGUGUGCUGGCGGUGCAGCAGCAGCAAGAGGCCCCAUUAGCGAAAGCACGCCUCUAGUUAAGAACAGUGUCAGGUUAAGAAUGGACCUCCGGAAAGAAUUAAGUUCAUAACUAGAGGUACUACUUAUUAUGCAUGGUGUAGAGAAAGCAGAUAAAUGUGUGUGUCUCCCCAAUUCUGAUAAUAUUAUAGUCUGGGGUCAUCCAAUGUAGCUGAAUUGACAGAUGAAAAAAACUAUCUGCGUGGACAGGCGGAGUCCCCAGAUCCCGUGCGGUCCCCCCGUCAUGUGGAAUAACGACUCAUGACAACGUGCUAUGGGAUUAAAUUGGCUACAACUUUAUUAAAUUUCAAAUGUGGGUAGACCUUGGCUCAGGCAUUGGGCGUUCUCCCUCCCCAGUCCCCAGCCGGGGACCUAGGGAGCAUCAGGGUUAUCCAGUGUGUGGGGGGGGAUGGGCCGGCUCUGGAGAACAUAUGUUCAAGCAGAGAUAGCAGCCCCCGUUACGCCGCCGCCGCGGGGGAGAGCAAUGACGACCUUUCGGCGUACGGUCAAAGCCUCCCUUCAGAAACCCCUUUAACGGGGAACCCUGGUAUCGCCGCCGCAAAGAGGAAGAUGGACUAAAGGAUUCUGCCCAAGGCCUGAUACCGCCAAAGUUGUGACGUUUUGCUACGGGAAAGGCGAAACCUGCCAAUGCAGGGAAAUUCCUUUCCGGCCCUUUAACAGCGACCUUAACGUAGCAGCGCCCGCAUACCUGCGAAGAAAAGUUAACCUGCAAAACCUGUGAAGAAAAGUUAACCUGCAAAUAAGACAUUAACUGAGGGUGGGUAGGGUGGGAGAAGCUCUGGAGCCAAGUGAGGAUUCCCAGGUAAGAUCCUCCCUCUAUUGUGUGGGCAGUUAAACCCUCCCCUACCUGGCCUGGUCUCCUUGGCAACGCUUGCCCCAGGUGGGAUUGGACAACUGACUGAGGUAGGCGGAGACCUCCAGGUAUCCCACCUGAGGGAAGGCAAACCAAGCCUAUGCUGUUGGAGCCGCUCCAGAUCUAGGGGCUGCGCACGUCCAUGCAAAGGGCGCCCCCCGUUUUAAGCGGGGAGCAGUCAUUCUUCAUACAGUGUGCAUGGAAUUUCCUAAUGGAAGAGGUAGUGAUGGGCACCGCCUUAGACAACUUGAAAGGCUAUCAAUGGGUACAGGGGUGGAGAAAGCACCUCUUGCCCUUGCCCCACCAGUUCUCAAGAUGCUUUUGUGAUAGGCAGUUAAUUGAGGACCGGGACAUUUGCAGGGAAACCAAAUUGCUUGUUUACAAAGUACUACCAACCCUAUUGUGUGCUUGUGAAACAUGGACCACUUAUAAACGCCAUCUCCAACUCCUUGAAAGAGUCUAUCAAUGGUAUCUCUGAAAAAUUUUGCACAUUACUUGGGAAGACAAACAAACUAAUGCCAGUGUACUGGAAAAAGCAAAGAUCACCAGUGUCGAAGCAGUGAUUCUUCAACAUCAACUUCGCUGGACUGGUCAUGUUGUGCAGAUGCUUGAUUAUCAUCUUGCAAAGCAAUUACUCUAUUCUGAACUUAAAAAUGGAAAGUGCAAUGCUGGUGGUCAACAAAAGAGGUUUAAAGGCUCUCUCAAGGCAAAUCUAAAAAAUAAUAAUUGUAAUAUAAACACUGACAAUUGGGAAACACUGGCCUGCGAGCAUUCCAAUUGGAGUAUAGCCUUUACCAGAGGUGUCAUGGACUUUGAAGACGCUCGAACUCAGGACAAAAGGGAAAAACAUGCUAAGAGGAAGGCAUGUUGGCAAACCUUCACUGUGAUCAACUCCUGCCCAGAAAUCUAUGUUCUCACUGUGGAAGGACAUGUGGAUCCAGAAUUGGCCUCCAUAGUCACUUAUGGACUCACUGUUAAGACUGUGUUCAUGGAAGACAAUCUUAUCCAGCUACAAGUGAUCGCCAAAGAAGAAGAAGAGUAGAGCAAUUCCCACCAUGUAGCCACAUGACUGGAAGCUCCUUGCUUUGCCUGGCAAAGGAGUGCUUGGAAUCCUAUGAUGGAAUUUCCAAAGAUUGUCCAGAAACCAAAUUGUGUUUACCUUAUGUACUGUUACUGUUUCAGAAGGAGCCAGGAGAAAACUAGCCCAUAAGCCUAAUGUCUACUGCAAGACGCGGGGGGGGGGGGGGGCUAGUAGAAAACAUUAUUAUUUGUUAGAAUUAUUCAACAAAUAGAAGAUCAAUCAUUGCUGAGGAAGAAUCAAUCAGCGUGGCUUCUGCAGAUGAAAGUCAGCCUCGCCAACCUUUUGAAAUUGUUCUGGUGCCAAUAAAUAUGUAGAUAAAGUUGAUCUAUUAGGCAUAUAUUUGAGCUUCAAACAGCUUUUGAGAAUUUUCCUCAACAAAGGCUUCUGUGCAAACCCUUGGAUUGGUACCUAAUUAAAGAACACAAAGCUGAAGAUGCAAAUAAAGUUUCACAAUGGAGGAGAGCAAGUAGUGGGAUCCCUAAAUCAUAGAAACAUAGAGUUGGAAGGGACCACGAGGGCCAUCUAGUCCAACCUCCUGCAAUGCAGGAAUCAUUUGCCCAAUGUGGGGCUCAAAUCCAUGACCUUGAGAUUAACAUGCUCUACUGACUGCUUGCAUAAAUUAUCUGGAGUUGGGGCAAGAGGUGAAUUAACUGGGUUUGCUGAUGAUAAAUACCUCAUGGUGAAAAUCCAAGCAGAAUGUGAGAAACUUCAAAAGAAGUUGUCCAAACUAGUUGUAUGGGCAACCAAAAGGCAAAUGAGACUUGAAGAGUCAGGUGAUGCACAUUGAGGCAAAACACCUCAGUUUCACAAAUACAUUGCCAGAGACUCAACUGGAGGUGCCUGGCCAGGAAACUGAUAUUGAGAUCAUUGUUAAAAGUCAAUCCAAUGUCAGCUCAGUUUGAUAAAGUGGUGAAAAAGAAGGCAAAUCUCAUUCAAGGGGUUAUUAAGAUCUGAACUGAAAGUAAAACAGGCAAUAUUAUUUAUUUACAAAAGAUUUCUACACUAUCAAGAAAAUAUGUGAUGGUAGUGAACAGCAUAAAAUCAACAAUAACAUUCCAUUCAUAAAGCAAAUACGAAAUGCAUUGCAAAUCAUUAGAUCAGUGUAAUACAUCAAACACGCAUUAAAUAUAACGAUGUCCUUAUAAAAACCCAUGGUAUGCCUACGUCUAUAACACUGUGUGCAAUUAGCUAGCCCCACCUCAAAACAGGGAGCUGCCAAAGGCCUAGACAGGGGCAACCAAAUAACUGAAGUGUUGGAACAUCUUCUGUAGAGAGAAAGGCUAAAGCUACCAGAGCUAUUUAGCAUAGAAAAUGGCAUAGCUGGGGAAAGAUAGGAGAAAAGUUGAUAAAAUUAUGCAUGUUGUGGAGAAAGGGAAAAGAGAUUUUACUUUUCUCCCUCAUCAUAUAAGAACUCAGGAUCAUCCAGCGACAAUGAUUGGCAAGAGUUUCAGGAGAGACAAAAGAAAGCGCUUCUUCACACACUGCAAAAUUAAUGGCACUUGCUGUCAUCAGAUGGGCUGAAGGCCACAAAUUCAGGUGGCUUUAAAAUGGGAUUAGACUAAUUUAUGGAUGACAGGUUUCUAAAUGGCUGUGAGCCAGCAAAGCUAAACAGAACCUCCAAAUUCAGAGGCGGUGUUCCUCUGAAUACCCAUUCCCAAAGCGUAGGGACCAUAGAGUAGGACUUUUGUCCAUCAGUGGACAUUCCAGGAGCCUCUAGUUGACUAUGAUUAGAAGCAGCAUGAUGGACUAUAGCAGGGAUGGGGGACCUUUUUCAGCACAAAGGCCACAUUCCAUUCUAGCCAGCCUUCCAAGGGCCACAUGCCAGGCAGAGGCAAAAGCAAACAGAUAAAUGAUUGUAAAGAUCCCCUUUGUAUAGUACGGUAGUUUCUACACCCAUUGACAUGCUGCUCUCCAUCCUUCAUCCAGACAAGCAAAGGCAUUGUCAGAGCUCAAGGACACAUUCCGACCAGGCAAAAACAGUCAUGAUGCAAAGCAGGGUCAGUGAGGGGUGUAGCCUGGGGAGAGUUCUGAGGGCCACUCAGAGAGGCUGGAAGGGCCAUAUUUGGCCAACAGGCCUGAUGUUCCUAACCCAUGGGAUAGAGGACCAAUGCUCAUUCAUUGUAAUUAUGAGAUUAAGAAAAGAGAGGAAGAGGGUUACAUUCUAGGUACCUGAGGGAAAGAGGGGCAGAAAUAGGAGGUAGCCAAGGAAAGGAGGUGUAAAGGAAAGGAACAGUAAACCAGAACAAAUUGAGGUCAAGGCAGUGCUAAAGGUCUGAGGAAAGGAGGCAAAUUAUGCAGCAAACUAGGGCAAGGAAGCCAGUGCAAGGAAAGAUGGAGGAAGCAGGAGCCAAGGAAAAGGAACAUGAGCAAAGCCUGCAGUGAACAGGGAAUGUGGGGCUGGGGAUGGAGGAGAAAUGUGUUCAGUCCAUGUUAUGAAGUGAACUGAGCUACUUGACCAAUCCUAGACCUUUUAUGCAGAUCAGAACACAGCUAUCACUCAGAUUGUGCAUUACUCUGCAAUUAGUGAUGCUGUAUCAGGGUGUUUUUUUGUUGUUUUUUUAAAAAAGUGCACAAAGCUAUGUUUUGUGGAGAAGUGCAUUAGAAGGCAUACAAAAACACGCAUUUUUCACGUAGAAUGUGUGUACAAAAUAUGGGAAAUUAAAUGCAAGUUUUCCAUGUGCAUUGUGAAAAAUCCAUGAAAAACCUGCCGGGGUAGUCCUACGAUGGAGCACAUGUGAAACUGCCAUGACACAGAAAUAGGAUGAUCUACUUGUCCUCAGGUAGAGCUUGUAUUCAGCCAAAGACUCCAUUUUCUCAGUCACAUUUUCGUAAGCAUUCCCAACCCUAUCAAUAGUUACUGUUGGGACCUGAAGUCAUUAGACAGUGAAUAGUUGGCAACAGAUAUAAUUCAGCACCAAGUGAAAUUCAAAUACCUCAUAUUUUGCAUUUUCUUUGCCAACCUUAAACAUCUCUCUGCCUCAUAGUUGUUGCUGUUUUUAGCUUGAAAACAGAUUUGAUAAUGUUCACUCUAAAAAUUGGAAUAAUAAAACUCAUCUCUUUUUCCAUUUCUGAGGCACUGAAUUCUAGGUAGUAAAUGGGUUGCUUUACAAGAAUUUAAAAUGUGGUAUAGGAAGUUGAUGAUGACAAAUGGAAUAUUUGCCCUCCCACGUACAUGAAAGAAAGCUACAUUUUACAUACUGCCAAGAGCUCAUUAUUCUGGUUUAGAAUCACAUGUACUAAUUUUACCAGCGAAAGACUGACAUAUGACACAGAUUUCUUGAACCAUCAUUAUGCACCAAUUCAUAUAUAGUAUAUCAUCCUAUCUUGGAAUUUUAGGUCUGUGCAAUAGCUCUUUUUUCUGAUCAAAGAUAUAAAUAUCUUCGGGGGGGGGGCACUUCGUAAGAUUGCUGUGGGAAUGUAUAAAAUAAUGCAGCUGCCCUACAUUUUCAGCUCUUGGAAUUUUAACUUCGGCUUCUCUUUCUUUCCAGGCAAGGUUUAAUAGCAUCAGUUGUUACAGAGCUCCAAUAUUUGUAUUGCUCUGAACACCAUUUAUUUCUAUUGAAUUCCAAUCCCCUUUGUGAAAAAUGAUCAAAAACUGGCAUGCCUUUCCCCCAGCUGUUCCUUUCUGUCAAUGAAGAUAAUGUAAUCCAUGUCCCAAAUAAUUGUGCAUUGAACUGCAUCGGACAUAGGGAAUUUAGCUAGGUUGCAGAAAUGGUGGGUGGUCUCAACAGAAUUUUGCUGAUACCGUAAAAUAUCUACCAGAUUUGUAUUCCACCCUACAUUCAAGGAGCUUAGAACAGUGUCUUUCCUCAGUGUUUAACUCGCAAUAGCUCUCUGAGAUACAGUGAUAGAUAUCAGUGGUACCUUGGUUUACGAACUUAAUGUGUUCUGGAAGUCCGUUCUUGGCAUCAGAAGCCAGGGUGGCUUCUGGGAUGUCCUGCUCAAAAAACGACACUUGUGCCGUACACCGAUAGGGUGCUAUUCGGCUUUCGUCAUAUAGUGAGUAGGUCAAUUGAAAUCAACUGCCUAACUUAAGCCACUUGAUUUCAUACUUGCUGUUUGACUUAGUUUGAUAUCGUGAGUCCGAGCAGUUUUGCCUUUGACCCACUGCUUUCCCCAGAAAACAUGCUGUUUAUACUAAAUCAGAGCAAAUCAUAGCUGUCAACUUUUCCCUUUUAAAAGGGAAAUUCACUUAUUCCGAGUAGGAUUCCUCAAAAGAAAAGGGAAAAAUUGACAGCUAUGGAGCAAAUAUCAAUCCAGAGAAAACCCAAUUGAAAUUUGGGCAGGUUUUCCUGGGAGAAAGCAGCAGGGAAAGUGGAAGUGUGGAUGAGCCCUUAGUGAGUCUUUUACUUAAAUAAUGCAUAGGAUUGCAGCUUUUUGUAUUACCCCCUCCAGACAAAAAUAAUGAAAUUUGUGAGGCUUUUACCACACUCUUUUCUUAAGUAUAAGUUUCACCCCAUUUGUUUUAAUGGAGUGUGCACAGCAGGACUUUCCUCCCAGUUUCUGAGGUUCUCAAUUAAUUAUGGUCAAGGUAAUUGUUGGGGUUUCCUUAAGGUUCAUUAGACUGUCUACCCUUCGAAGUAGAUUUUCCAAGAUAUCCACAAGAUGGCACUGUGUGACAUGUCUAGCUUAUAAAGCAAAGAUGGCCAACUUCUUCAAGGCUGAGCACCAUAAUAUGUUAGUUGAAGUGCCAAAGUUAAGCCACAAGGGCUUCAGUUCUUGUGAUUUCCAAUAUGAACUAACCCGAUUGACACUUCCAAAACUAAUGCAGGAAAUGGAAUGCAGUUAGCCACAGGUUUUACAGACACACACCCAAGUGUCCUGACACCGUUCUUGUUGCAUACACACACACACAAUCAAAACAGUUUUCAGAGAAUGCACACAUUGGGAAGAAAAUACUUUUAGUAAUGUGUAUUUGAGAAAUGCUUACAAAUGCACAUUUUGAGAGAAUAUAUGUUUUUUUUAAAAAAGCAUAGUUACAGUCAUACCUUGGAUCCCGAAUGCCUUGCGAAUUGAACGUUUUGGCUCGCGAAUGCCACAAACCCAGAAAUGAGUGUUCCAGUUUGCGAAUGUUCUUUGGAACCUGAAUGUCCGACGCGACUUCCCCAGCUUCUGAUUGGCUGUAGGAACUUCCUGCAGCCAAUCAGAAGCCAUGCCUUGGUUUCCGAACUUUUUGGAAGUCUAACGGACUUCCAGAAUUGAUUCCAUUCAACUUCUGAGGUACCACUGUAUAUGCUUUUUAUAUUAAAAAAUAAAAAAAAAUGCAGUAACAAGACGUGACAGAGUUGUGAAGGAACACAUGUGAAAAUAACAUGGGCCAGAGAAUAGGCUCUUCCCUCCUUCAUUAAAUGCAUAAAAUUACGUAAUAGUUUGUGUUAUAUUUAAAGUAAACAAAAAAACACACAUGUAAAUACCAUUCCAAAAGGCAUUAUAUUAAGGAAAAGUGCAAAAAAUAAGUAUAUUAGGAGAAAUCUGCACUAAAAGACUGGUAUAUUUUCAUGAGGACUCUUAAAAAAACCAACAACAACCCUCAAACUGAUGUGGAAAUGUGGAGAUUCAACUUCUUCCCGAUUCCCUCUAAUGGAAGAACCAGAGCUGCUCUCAGUGAAGUGAGUGGGGCAAACCUUCUAUACAGAUGUUGAACUGGGCUCUUGAGAGCAUAAGAACCCUGCUGAAUCAGACCAAAUUCCUCUCUAGUUCAGCAUCCUGUUUUUCACAAUGGACAACCAGAUUAUCACAGGAAGCCCACAAGCAGAACAUGGGGACAACAGACCUCUUCCACAGUUGUUCCCUAGUGAUCCUGCUAGCGGAAUGCUGCAUCCCAGGGAUAGGGGAUCCCUUUUCCAUUUAAGGACCACAUUGCCUUGUGGACAACCUUUCAGUAGUGUGGGGUGGGGGAGGUAGAGGGAAAAGUGGAUGUAAUCAAUAAUAAUAAUAAUAAAUUUUAUUUAUACCCCGCCCUCCCCAGCCAAGACUGGGCUCAGGGUGGCUAACAACCAAUAAUAAAAAUAAGUUGAUUAAAAUACAAUUUAAAAAACAAGAUUAAAAUACAACAUUAAAACUUUAGGAUGCAGCCUUUUCACAGGAGGAGAAAGGGAAAAGAAAGAGUAGGAGGGAAUAAAACUGAUUCUAAGCCAAAGGCCAGGUGGAACAACUCUGUCUUACAGGCCCUGUGGAAAGAAAUCAGAUCCCACAGGGCCCUGGUCUCAUGAGACAGAGUGUUCCACCAGGCCGGAGCCAGUGUUGAGAAGGCCCUGGCUCUGGUUGAGGCUAAUCUAACUUCCUUAGGGCCCGGGACCUCUAGGGUGUUGCUAUUUAUGGACCUUAAGGUCCUCCAUGGGGCAUACCAAGAGAUGAAUGUGAAGGUUGCUCCACUCCAACCACAUGCAAGUUAGAGGGUUUUAUACAAAUGCACCUGUCUUAGUCCUCCACCCAGGCAAGAAAGAGACAUUAUCACAGUUCAAAUACACAUCCCAGCCAGGCAAAACCACUUGAGGAGGGGGGUGGCCUGGGGAGAAGGGAUGCGGCUGAGAGAAAGGUCUCCACCCAUAGCCCUUAUGACUAGUUGCCAUUGAUAGCCUUAUUCUGAUCCUGUCAAUGGUAACCCCCCCCCCGAUUCCUAAAUUAAUAUUCUACCUUUAAAAAAAAAACAAAAAACCAGUUUUCAUCCAUUCCGAAGAAGUGACGUGUCAAAUUAAUGCUUAAUAACCUCAACAAGUUAAUAGCUUUUAUGAGAGCACUCAAAUACAAAACUGUGGGAUUCCGUACUGCAUGUCUCACAGAAUGGCAAUUAUCUCAUAGUGUGAACAGAAAAUUACCAUUGAUAUCUUUGUAAUAGGCAAAAAAGAGAGAGUUCUAUUUGGGAGCCUUUAUUAUUAUUUUUGAAGCAGUUGGUUUCCACUAGUUCAUGAAUAAAUCAUGGCUGAGUGUGUUGCUGUGACUAAUGUUAAAGUUUCUUGAUGAGGCUGGAUGAGAGCCAGUGUGGUGUAGUGGUUAAGAGCGGUAGUUUCGUAAUCUGGGGAACCGGGUUCGCGUCUCCGCUCCUCCACAUGCAGCUGCUGGGUGACCUUGGGCCAGUCACACUUCUUUGAAGUCUCUCAGCCCCACUCACCUCACAGAGUGUUUGUUGUGGGGGAGGAAGGGAAAGGAGAAUGUUAGCCGCUUUGAGACUCCUUAAAGGGAGUGAAAGGCGGGAUAUCAACUCCAAACUCCUCUUCUUCUUCUUCUUCUUCUUCUUCUUCUUCUUCUUCUUCUUCAUAUUCGUUUAAUUUCAGAUAUGUGGCCUGGAUUCUCAAGAAGCUGAUCUGAAUUAAGAUGGUGAUUCAUUGAUAAGCAAAACAAGACUCAGAAUGAAUGUGGGGUGGGGGUGGAGACGCAAAGAAAUAAUGGAGUUUUUGACCAUUUUCAGAAAGGUAGCCAUGUUAGUCUGCUGCAUAAAAAUCAAUAAAGUCUUGGAGACUAACAAAUCUAUUGAGACAUAAGUUUCCAUGGACUCAACUUCCAUCAGAUGCAUGAAAUGUUAUCCUAAGUUACAGGCAUAUUAUAGAUACAUGGUGGGUGUGGGGGAAUUGUAAAUAGUUAAUUCAGAAACGGAGAGAUGCUCCUUUCCCUCUCAGUAAGUGGCAGUGAUGUUAGGAAGUUGAGAAGCCAACAGCUCAACACAACUCCACCCAUGCAGUCCUGCUGCUGAUUGUAGGAAGACUCAGUGUAUGAUAUUGUUUCUGUCAUUUGGUCUGUGUCCACUGAAGUGUAGGUGAGUUCCCACGAGGCAAGACACAGUGAUAACAGCAAGAACUUUUAUUGAACUAACAGAACUAGAUAACAGGGGCAAAGCAACUGCUUUAUUUCUGAAGGCCUGGGCCACUCCCACUUCCAACGUGAUUGGCUGUCUAAACUUCCAAGCUGCGAAUCAUAAUUCAGAGAUUAUGGGCCAAUGGUAGAGGCCCAAAUCCUGAAAUGUUCUGUGAUUGGAUAUCAUGUAUCAAAUCAGAACACAGGGGCUCAGAAUCCUUAGUCCAGACUCAAGCUCAGGCAAACUCAGACCACUGAAUACAUAACAUUCUUCAUACCAGUCUUCGCAAUGCCACCCAGAGGCCUUUAGGACUCACUGUACCCUGAUGCUGUGCAUCUCAGUGCCUAGUUUAUUUAUUUAUUCAUGUGUUCCAUUUAUAUCCUACAUUUUCUUCUUCAAAGAACUCAAGGUGUCAUACCUGGCUCUCCUCAUCCCCAUUAAAUCCCCCUCCUCAUUUAAUCAGUUUAGGCUGAAAGGCAGUGACCUUCAUGGCCAAGUGGGCACUUGAACCCUGGCCCCCAGGUCCUAGUCUGACACUCUAACCACUACACCACACUGGCUCUCAUGUCCUGCAUAUUGAGGCUAGGAUCCUUGCAGGCACCUACAUGGAGUGAGUCAGCAAUAUCAUCAGUAGAGAUGCCAAGGGAGUAAAAGUCAAACUUAGGUUAUGCCUUCCAGUUGGGCCUCUGUCUCCUGAAGCUCAUUAAGCAGAGACAUAACUGAACUAAGUCAUUUAUUUGCAGAUGUCUCACAGUCCCUAGAGCAGUCAACGAUGUAAUUGUUGCAUAUUUUCUUUCUUUCUUUUUUUUAAAAGAGUAUUUCCUCUUUUCACCACACACAAGCUGAGUCUUAAUUCUGCCUUUUCAUAGACCAAUUAUCAUUAGAGUCAACUCCCUCCCCAUAUUUCUGAAUCCUGCCUUCUCAUCACUCACACAUCCAGAUGCCCUUUGGAGAAUUUGGCUUGUCAGAUGAAACCCAUGGUACAUGUUGCCUCAUUAUUAUUUCCUAAUUUGAUUAUGCUCUCUUCAACUCAUUUGGAGAAAGGGGGAAGAAAAGAGAAAGUCAAUGGGGCCUUGAUAAGCCUGGUAGGAAAUGGUGAGCAAGACAGAUAGAGAUAAUGAACAUUCCCCCUGAGCUUCAAAGAGAAAGAAAAGGCGUGUGAGAUUUCUGUGCAUGAGGGAACAUUAAUUAAUGUUGAAAUUUAUUAGGCUGUGGAACUGUGUCCCAAGGGAAGUGUCUGGAUUUUUUGGUGUUUUUUUUAAAAGGUGAUUGUACAAAGUACAGGAAGGCACAGUUUUGGUCUCUCCUGAACAAUCCUACAUAUGUGAGACAAGUUCCUUCUAUAGUCAUUGUUAAGUCUUCUGUGUCCAUGACCCUCAAUGGUGCAGUACUAUGCGUUGACAUGAUGGAACUGAACAGGAACCUCAUAGGUGCACAGAACAAUCCAUUAUAAGUGAUUGCUCUUUUCAUGUUCUUGGAGAAUACAGCUGCAGAAUAAGAAGCACCGCGUUCCUUCUUUCAAAGGAGCCACUAUUCAAAGGUGGCCAUAACUCAAAAUUCAUUGGAAUCGUUGUUUCUGUUGAUCAUGCUUUAUAUUUCCAUAUAAGAUGUAACAGCUGCAUGUGGGAACUUCUCCUGCUCCAACACCAGCACUCAGUUCCAAUGGGCUUCCCAUAGGUAGCAGGUUGGCCACAAUAGGACUGAAUUAGAUGAGUCUUUGGUAUGAUUCAGCAAGAUUCUGGUUAUGUUCUCAUGACAAGAGGGAGGUGUGGUCCACAGUGUGGCCCUGCUGCCUCUUUUAAUGUGUUGGACGCCCUACAUCCAUAUAACCUUCACUUCUACAUGCCAUCUUCUAUGCCUAACAUUGGUCCACAUGUGGGCUUCGGGUUCAUAAACUGCAUUUCAGCUACACAGCAAAGAAGUUGUUUGCCUCUGCCCUCCCAAUUUCAGUGCUUUACUCUUAUAGAUAACUCAUUUAGGCGAAGGUGGUGAUGAUGGCAAUAGCAUAUUUUAUUGAGCAGAACAUUCUAGAAAUAUGGACCCUGAUCUAAAAGGACACAGCAAAAACUUCAACAUGCCCAUGCUGAAUUAUAUUUGACAAAGCAUUUCACCAGUCAACAUUCAUUAUCCUUCUUAUGAAAAGGGACACACAUUUACUCAGCUUUAGCCCUGGGAAACACAGCACCUUUAUUUGAUAAAAAUCUAAUUAGUCAUUAAAUGCUUCUUCCUCUAAAUCAGGGUGGUAGGAGUGGGGGCUCUAGGAGCCCUCCAGGCCUCUGUGUCUGGGCCCUGAGACUCUCUAGGUCACACCUCCUCCCUGGGUCAUGUCACUCCAUGCCCCUGCUCCAGAUCUCUCUUCAAAUGCUUUAGGCAGGCUAGAAUGUGAUAGUCGCUCUUGCUUGACUGGAUGGAGAUCUGCGGGUGUGUGGAAACCUCUGGCUUUUGUAUGGCUUGAAUGUAGCCUAUUGUACAAAGAGCUAACACUUUUAGCUUUCGGCCCUGCCCACCAUUGCCAUUCCACAUCCCCAAAGUUUGCUUGAGUGUCGGAUGCAGUCUGGGAAAAUUCCCACACCUCUGUUCCAUAUGGUCAGUUGUAUCUUGCAGUCUGAUGCCAUUUCCAAGCACAAUUCAAAGUGUUGGUGCUGACCUUUAAAGCCCUAAAUGGCCUCGGUCCAGUAUACCUGAAGGAGCAUCUCCACCCCCAUCAUUCUGCCCAGACACUGAGGUCCAGCACCGAGGGCCUUAUGGCGGUUCCCUCGCUGCAAGAAGCCAAGUUACAGGGAACCAGGCAGAGGGCCUUCUCGUUAGUGGCACCCGCCCUGUGGAACACCCUCCCACCAGAUGUCAAAGAGAAAAACAGUUACCAGACUUUUAGAAGACAUCUGAAGGCAGCCCUGUUUAGGGAAGCUUUUAAUGUUUAAUAGACUAUUGUAUUUUAAUAUUCUGUUGGAAGCCGCCCAGAGUGGCUGGGGAAACCCAGCCAGAUGGGCGGGGUAUAAACAAUAAAUAAUUAUUAUUGUACUGUUAUUUAAACAAGGCUUUUUGUAAAUCCACCCUUUUCAAACUACCCAGAUCAAUUAAAGAACAGAAAGUUUCUUACCUUUUAUCCCACGAUGGGAGAAUAGGAACUGAGUAGCCAACCCAAUUAGCCUAAUCAAUUCCCCCUUUGCCCCACCCUUUAACCUUAAUACCAGGAUGUUAACAUGUGACUUAGUCCAUUGGUUGAAAACAGGGUAUAUGAGCAUUAAGUUCUCAUCAGGAAUAGGACUGAAAGUCCACAACAAACCUGAGAAUUAAAGGUUUCCUGCUGGGCUUCCGGAGCCUUUUUAUUUCCUAAUUUGCUUAAUGAUGCCACAGACCUAGUUAAAACAUUGCAAAAAUGCAAUUUAUGCUGUGCUGGGUCCUCAAGAGCACAUGGUAUGUUACUGAUAUGUACUGAGAGAGCACACCAGGGGGUGCAGAUUGUCAAGGAGGAAAUCAAAGAGGAGAGCUGGAAUCAGAGGCAAUAGGAGAUAUAUAUUUAUAUCCAGUUAUAUGAUUCAUUAAUGUUAUAGUGCUCGGGGCAAACGCAAGAUUAAUUUUAUUAGACUUGGACCAGAAAAAUAUAUAGAGUUGUGAAUCCUGGAGUUUGUGGGAAGCCUCUCUGGGAGUGGGGAUUAGGGAAAAAAUUCAAUUCCACUUGCAUUUCAAGGCAAAUCUAUAUAAUUCACACUUUCUGAAAGUAAGCGAACCGAAGCACAGUCAUCCUUCAAAAUUCAAACUUCUCCAAAUUAUGCAGUGAGAUCCAGCAGCCAUGUCAUGUGUACAAGAAUACACCUACUAGGGUAAAACUAGGGCAUGUAUGUGCAUGAAAAUAACAUCCAAAAAUACUUCAUAGUAGGGGAAAUUGUUUUGCAGAAAUGUGUACAUCAGGCAAAAUUGCAAUCAAGGAGAAAUUUGCACUACAAUCCUGAUGAAUUUUCAUGAGAACAAAAAAGAAAAAAGAAAAAAAGCACAAACCAAUGAAGAGGCAUGGAGAACUCAAGAGUGGAAAAAAUGGGGGAAAUGAAAUGGUCGGGUUUGUCCAUCCCUACUCAGGAGGCAGAAAUACCGUAUUUUUUGCACCAUAACACUCACUUUUUUCCUCCUAGAAAGUAAGGGGAAAUGUCUGUGCGUGUUACGGAGGGAAUGCCUAUGGGUGGCAUGCCUACGGAUUUUCCUCCUCUAAAAACUACGUGCGUGUUAUGGUCGCGUGCGUGUUAUAGAGCGAAAAAUACGGUAACUUUCAUGAGUGGGUAGCAGCUCCUCAUAGUAAGUGUCUUAAUUAUGGUUAGGAAUCCCCAUUUCCCCACCAUAACAGAAAGUAAGAGAGCUCUAUGAGUGUACAAGAGCAGAUCAAUCCUUUCCCCUAACUUCCUUCCUUUGCCAGCACUCCAUGUACAUCUGGGCAACAGGCAUAAUAAUAAUAAUAAUAGUUUAUUAUUUAUACCUCACCCAUCUGGCUGUGUUUCCCUAGCCACUCUGGGCGGCUCCCAACAGAAUAAUAAUUACAAUUAUAAUAAUAAGCAAUAAAACAUCAAACAUUAAAAACUUCACUAAACAGGGCUGCUUCAGAUGUCUUAUAAAAGUCAGAUAGUUGUUUAUUUCCUUGACAUCUGACAGGAUGGUGUUCCACAGGGCAGGCACCACCACUGAGAAGGCCCUCUGCCUAGUUCCCUGUAGCUUCACUCCUCACAGUGUGGGAACCGCCAGAAGGCCCUCAGAGCUGGACCUCAGUUUCCGGGCUGAACGAUGGGGGUGGAGACUCUUUUCCAGGAAGGGUAGAUCUGUCUAUUUCCUGUCCAUAUCAAUGUCCACAAGUUUUCACCCAAAAAAAUCCCUUCCCGUUUCUGUCUUAAUUGCAUUUUUAAAAAUAUCUGCACGACAUAAUUUACUUUUAAAUAUUUAUUUAAAUAGGAAUGCUCUUUUUUUAUUGGUCGCUUUUAAAAUAUAUUUUAACUCAAAAUAAAUUCUGAUACGUUUUUGGUGCUAAUAAGCUCGUUGGAAUUUUUAGGAUGUGUGAAAGCUGGUGGAGAGCUCAGCUCUAAUCAACACAUUAGUCUGGGAGGUGCAAAUCAGGUCAGUUUGUAUCGGAAUUUGCCAAGCCUGAAUUGCCCAUGAAUCUCAGAAUAGGAUAAAGAGUGGGAGAAGUGACAAAGUGCCUGGACUUGAGCAGAAAAUACAUGCCUAAAGUGCUCCUUGCCCAUUCAGUUUGCUGAGAAUUUUUCGAAGCAGGAAUUGAGAAUUGAAUCCAGCCUGUGGGCUGGAUCCUUACUUUCCCCCCAUCACACCCCCUGCAGGCCAAGUCGGACAGGUGACCCAAUCAUCUUGAAAUCAAAAAGCACAGACAAAGGCACAGAUCUACACUUUUCAAGUACUGACAAAGCAAACAUCCAGUGUAAUGUACUCACACUCUUGUUUAGUGCAGAAGAGGGGAAAGUAAAGGCAGUGCCUGUAUACUAUUCUGAUCUUGAGUAAACAAGCAAUAUAGAAAUUAGAAUGGUGCCUAGCUAAGCUCUGUACCAAAAGUGAAUCACCGCAUGGAUGUUCCAACGGAAGUGUCAGGCUUCGGGGAAUCAGCUUCCUCCCCACGUGGCAGUAGAUCAGAAGAUCAAAGAAAGGAACGUCUUACCAGUUAGAAACUUUAACAGCGAGAGAACAAAGAACACAUCUCCUAGAAAUGGCAAUACUCCCAAUUAAGCAUCAGCCCCCCUCCGUCCCUAUUAAUCUGUUGUUGUUUAGUCGUUUAGUCGUGUCCGACUCUUCGUGACCCCAUGGACCAGAGCACGCCAGGCACUUCUGUCUUCCACUGCCUCCCGCAGUUUGGUCAAACUCAUGCUGGUAGCUUCAAGAACACUGUCCAACCAUCUUGUCCUUCAUCAUCCCCUUCUCCUUGUGCCCUCCACAUCUUUCCCAACAUCAGGGUCUUUUCCAGGGAGUCUUCUCUUCUCAUGAGGUGGCCAAAGUAUUGGAGCCUCAGCUUCACGAUCUGUCCUUCCAGUGAGCAUUCAGGGCUGAUUUCCUUAAGAAUGGAUAGGUUUGAUCUUCUUGCAGUCCAUGGGACUCUCAACAGUCUCCUCCAACACCAUAAUUCAAAAGCAUCAAUUCUUCAGCAAUCAGCCUUCUUUAUGGUCCAGCUCUCACUUCCAUACAUCACUACUCUAUUAAUCUACAUCACGCCUAUGUCUUGUAAUCUGAGUUUGUAACCUCUACGUUUUCUGUUCUGAGACUUUCUGAGCUCUUCUUGACCUUGGGCUUUCCAGAGUCUGUGAAUCUGUUAACCCUCUUUCUUCUAGUGUUUCUUCACCUAGCUGUUCCCCAUCCAGUAUUUCCCAGCCUCUGCUUUCUGAACUAUGCCCCUCUGCAAACCACUAUUCCAAAUCUAUACUGUCCUCCUGCUCCUGGGAAGAUUCAGGAGCAACAGCAGCAGGGAGAGGGGUGGUUCCCACCAUUCCCCCUCAGUGCAGCCCUUUUCAGCAUGGUCCCCAACAGGAAAGACAAUGUAAGUACAGUGGCCCAUCUAGUGCAUCAUCACAUUCUCACAAUGGGCAACCAGAUGUCUGUGGAAAAUGCACAAGGAGAGUUUGGGCACAAGAGCACUCUCCCCCUUCUGUAGUUUCCAGCACCUGGUAUUCAGAAGCAUUACUGCCUCUGUGGAGGCAGAACAUAGUCCUCUCCUCCAUGAAUUUGUCCUCUUCUAAAGCCAUCAAAGUUGAUGGCCAUCACUUCCUCCUGUGGGAGCGACUUUCAUAGUUACACACCGUGUAAAGACUUUCUAUUAUCUGUCCCAAAUUUUCCAACAUUCAGCUUCAUUAGAGGUCCACGAGUUCUAGUGUUAGGAGUGAGAGAUGAAAUUUUUUUCUACAGUCACUUUCUCCAUGCCGUAUAAAUCUGAAAUAUGAGCACUUCAGGUUGAAUGAGAAAGUAUUCAAGCACUCUGGGAGUUAACAAAUAAACGCAAAGGUGGUGCUCCCAUGUCUGAAGAGGAUGAUCUACUUUUCAUGAAGUUACCCAAUCUCAAGACUAUUUUUGAGACACUCUCUGAAAUAACCCUCCCUCCUCAAAACGUAUUGCUAGUCGGCCGUGAUUGAUGGUAGCUCUUAAGAGUCUUCACACCUAAAAUCAAUGCAGACACAUUUUCACUCUGGGAUAUUGAUGACUCUUUGAUUAUCCCCAACAUACGCAGCUGAGAGAGGCCACUCCAAUUCCUGCUUUGCUUCAUCACACAGUGCAUCCUUUCACAGCUGCUCUGCACUCCUGGUGCUGUUAAUCAUGGAACGUUAGCCGUGCGGGUGUGGCAUCAGGGAUGAAAUAAAGAGCCAAGGGGGCUCUUUUAAAAAGCGGUAGCUGGGCAGGAUUUGAUAACGUCCCAAGUAUUUUAGCUGUACUCUGGGUUGCUAUCCCCAUGGGAGCUCAAAACUCUGAACAAACUUUAAUUGGGGCUUCCACGUUCCAAAAUUACUAGCAUUUAACCAGAGUGGAGAUCUUGUGAUGCACUGUGGAGACAACUACAUCUAUGUCACUGGAUUGGUGACUGCUUCUAAUCCACAUGCUUCUGAAACACAGAUCUGAUCCUGCAUUGAUAAAAUGUUGCCUUCAAAGCAUGAAUGCAGCACUGAAGGGAGAAUUCACACUGACCACUGAACCUGACGAUGCCACAACUACUCUCCCAUAUUCUUAGAUCCAGGAAGGCAGGUGUACAGGUUUAACUCUAAGACUCUUGGUAUGUCUGGAUUUGCAAUUAAAAGAAACCACGGCUGUCAUGGUUAUUUGCUCAAGCAAAUAAACUGGGUCCAUUUAGGAGAGGGAUGAAUCAGUCUCUUAGAUUCGUUCUUGCUCAGUUUCUCAAUAUUCCAAUUUCAAACUCAGUUCUCCACAUUUCUGCAUAAAUCUCGGAAUUUUAUAAAUCUUUAUUGGAUUGAGUUUUCACAUCCAAAUCUUGCAUCCAUUUUUCAUGCCUGUUCAUAGCCAUUUCCUCAUCAAAAUUCUGAUUACAAAGGGUGGGAACAAAUACCCCCUCCUGAGCCAAAUUGGCCAAUGCCCCUUGUAUUAUGGUAUACAGCCUUUUGGAAGUAUCACACUGUCCAGGAAUGGCAUUCAUAUGCACAUUUUAAACCAGAUUAGAUGUGAUGCUACACUUGCUACGGUAUCCUUUUGAAAAAACAAAACAAAAAAAACCCUUGCAGGUAUGGAGUAAUUAUGGUGAGGAACGUGGCAUGUUUCCAGAGGGAAUUAACCCUUUCCAUCCCUGUUGUGCUUUUGAUGAAAAUUGCUGCACCACAGCUUCCACUGGCACAAACAGCUGCUUUUCUCCCUGGGUUAAUAACUGGUGCAGUGGCAAGGGUCAUUGGGAUUGUAGCAGAAGAGGAAAGGGUUAAAAACCAUCCUUGCACAUGGCAGUCAUGAUGAAAAUCAUCCCCAUGAUGCCUUUAAAAUACACACAUAUCAGCAACAACAUCAGCAGCAGCAAGUAACGCAGCAAGUAAGAGCAGCCCUUAGAUUUGCAUCUAGCUAUGGAUGCUAUACCUCAGUUCUGCAGUGAUAUGCUUAUUUGGAUCAGAGGCCGAUUUGGAUAAGCAUCCCAAGUCAAUAGACCAUUUGCCCAGUUGGUAGUAGCUAUGCAUUCCAUUCCCCUGACACAAAUAUUAUUGUAGUUUUGCACUUUGUGUUAAGUAAAGUGACCAAAAAAAUAGCAGAGCUCAUUUCAUAAUAGUAUAAAUAAUACAAGCAGGUUUCUAUCACUUUCGGUAACAUUACACAUUUUUGUCUUCUCUAAAAAAAAUUACUUCUCUAAAGCUACUUCUUUCUUGAAGCCAUAGACCACAGCAGGAGCCUCUUCUCAAUUCCAUCUACUGGCGCUGAUCUCUUCCCCUUCCCUUUCAUUAUUAUUCCUUCAUCCCUGAGUUCAGCUUACUGUUGCCAUCUCUGCCAUAUAAAUCCUCUGAGGCGGGUGAUCACAUCACUUCUGGGCAACACCUAGCACACAAAUGAAAUAGCCGCAAAAAGCAAUAACUGGAUUGUGCCUUUGCUGCAUAAAAUAAUGCCUCAUUGAGAAAGAGCAGUGGAAAGGGAACAGCUCAUUAACAAGCUUACUUUUUUAUGCUUCCACAUAUUUAAGUUCUUUGGGGAAAUUCACCAAUCACUAAGAACAAAUGUGGUGUCACUGAAGAACAAUAUUUAGUUGCAAGUUAGCCCUAGCAAUUCUUGUGGUGCUUUAUUGCAGAGAUUGUGGCACUGUGCUCUUCUUUUACAUUUAUCCUGAGCAGCUAAGAGAGGCACUGCUAAUAUUUAUGUAGCCAGCAUGCACAUGCACUUAAUAGUUUGUGCUAGUAAUCUCCUUAUUGGGGAAGAUGAUGACUUUUGCUCCUUUAUUAGAAAACUCCCCUGCCCAGAGUGGCUGGGGAGGCCAGGCCAGAUGGGCGGAGUUCAAGUAACAAAUAAUAAUAAUAUUUCUAAGCAUGGAAGAAGCUAUCAAUUCCAUGACUGGCCUCCUCCAACGAUGUAUUACUCACCUGACUAGACCACUCAUGCAAGCAGCUGUAAUUGCAUGAGUAUGCUGGAUGCUCGCAACAGCUUUCUAAGAUAGGGUUGUGCGAUUGGCUUGUGAUUAAAGAUUGGUAUCAGCUGGGCCCACUUGGUGCACGAAAGCUAAUCAUAGCAUUUACUAAACUUUAUUGUUGGAGUAAAAAUGAAUUCACUUUGACAUUAAGUAUUCACAGGGAGUGCUGCAGAAAGUAAAGGCAAGGGGAAUGGGGUGAAAUCAGUGGUGGCUUUUAAAGAAAAGUUGUUGUUGUUUAGUCGUCUUAGUCGUGUGUGACUCUCCGUGACCCCGUGAACCAGCGCAUGCCUUGGAAACGCUCACUUUCUUCUAAAAGCUUCUCCUUUUUUAUGUCCAUGGAGUUUUCUUGGCAAAAUACUGGAGUGGUUUGCCAGUUCCUUCUCCAGGUGGAUCACAUUUAGUCUAAACUCUCGGCUAUGACCUGUCCGUCUUGGGUGGCCUUCACGGCAUAGCUCAGAGCUUCCUGGAGUUAUUCAGACCCCUUCACCAUGACAAGGCAGUGAUCCAUGAAGGGGUUAAAGAAAAGUAGAAUCAUGUAAUUGGAAGGGGCUCCAAGGAUCAUUUAUUCCAACCCUCUGCAAUGGAGAAAAGUAGUUUGGGUAGGGUUUGAUUUAGGACAGUGGUGGGGAACCUUCAGUCCAAAGACCACAUUCCUUGAUGGAGAGCUUUUGGGGACUGCAUACCAUUGGUGAGAGAGCAAGAGGCAAAGGUGAGCGAAACAAUAGUCUGGGUUUUUACCUUUGUAUGGUUGAUUGCAUUUCAGCCAUGCGAGAGUCAGAGGUUUAUACACAAACACAUCUGUCCAUUCUGUAUCCAGGCAAGCAAGAGCAUGAUGACAAUUCAAGAACACAUCCCAGUCUGGGAAAAGCCAGUGCAGAGCAGGACUAGUAAGGGAUGUGGCUUGGAGAGAGAUGUAAGUGGCCUGGGCAGCAGGGAUGUCAGAUAAUUCUGAUGAAAAUGGAACCAGGGACAGAAAUGACCUACGUUAGCAUUUUUUUGUCUCAUGUUCAGACUGGAAAACAACACUGCAAAUAUGGUAGAUAUUUGCUAUUUUGUUUCCAUGCAAUAAACAGUGUGUGUGUGUCCCCCAUCCCACAUUUCCAGUAUAUUUCCUCUGCACCAAAAUGAACUUUGAGGAGGAAUAUAAUGACAUCAUUCAUUCAUUAUGCAAAAUUCUGCUACAGCAGACAGCAAGACAAAUGGCAUAGUUUUUGUUGGGAGAAGAAUAGCUGAAUGGAAAUGGUGCUGCACUUGAGGAAUACAGGAGGGAAAGGAAAUGGAUGCCUUCUUCCAUCUUGAGGCCAGAGAGAGAAGCUUAAAGUUUCCCCACCCUAGUUUAGAAUGUGGGUACAGGGGAGAGAGAAUAAAGAAACCUCAUACAGUUUCAAGACGUCUGUGGUGGCAACUCCACGGAAUAUAAACACAGAAUAUUAUGUGAAACACCAGCUCUAGCUUUCUGCUUUGUAAUCAAACGGGACCAGCAAAAGCAGAGAAGUCCUCAAAGAAUUCAGCACGGCUUAUAAGGAGUGGUUAAUUCAUAUCACAGAUGAAGGUGGUGCGAAUUUUAAAAAGGGAUUAAAGUACGAUUAAUCCUAAGCAACUAGUUUCACACUUCAACUAAGGUAAGGAGAUGGAGCUGCUGCUUGCUUAAUCCUGAAGUGUGAAUGAACUCUUCAGUCACCAGUAGAGAGAAAGAAAAUAUUCAUUAAUUUUAUUUUUCCAUGGGGAAGAAAAGAAAUGAUUUUAUUUAUUUAUUUAUUUAUUUAUUUAUUUAACAAACUCUCUCUCUCUCUCUCUCUCACACACACACACAUAUAUUGCCUGAUAGUAAGAAAACAUCUAAGUAGUUUAAGACAUAAAAUAAAAUAUUGAAAUUAUUUUACGAUUAAACCCAACAGGAGUUAAAAAGAAAGAAAACACAUGUAACCUCUGCAUAUCUGGAUAUGCUUGUCUAAACAAAAAAUGUUUUAAGCCAGGCAUCCCCAAACUCGGCCCUCCAGAUGUUUUGGGACUACAACUCCCAUCAUCCCUAGCUAACAGGACCAGUGGUCAGGGAUGAUGGGAAUUGUCCCAAAACAUCUGGAGGACCGAGUCUGGGGGUGCCUGUUUUAAGCAGAUGCCAAAAAGAGUCCAGUGAAGGUAGUCUUGGUGUCAAGUCCAUCAGUUUUCCCAGGACAGACAUUAAGCUUGCCAGCCCAUCAUUUCCAGGAACCCUUCUGGGUACCUUUUCCAAAACUGGUGUUACAUUGGCCACUUUCGAGUCCUUGAGUAUGAAGAGUGAUAUUAGAGAGCAGUUACAUAUUUUUGUAGUAUGUUAAGCACCCUUAACAAACUACAUUUCCCAGGAAACUUUAGGUGAAGCCAAAUGUAAGUUGUGGUUGGGGCCUAAAUAAGGUCCAUCCUAAAUAAAAGUACUCCCACCACUUUUAACUUUUGCUCCAUGGCUGUGGGCUUCCUCCUUAUUGCUGUCUAGCUUCACUAUGCAGAUUUCUUUCUCUUCAGAGACCCUAGAAUGCAAUGUAUUACCAGAUGGAAAUAAGGCUCGUUGGCUAUGAAGGAACACUUCCAACAGUUCUAUCAUUAAUUUCUGCACUGGAAAGUUUUGUUACUAUCUUGUAACUGAAAAGUAUGGCUAGCAACUAAUACUUGAGGAACUGUUUCUAUAUAUAGCAUGCUGAAGAACCAAUCUUUAGUUUAAAAUGCAAUUUGUGAAUAUGCCCUCAUUCCACAGAUUUUAUUGCUGUGGAUGAGGAACAAUAGGGACAGUGGGGAGGAGAGAGCUUUAUCUUGUUCUUAUUUCCACUCUGAGUUAUUCUUAAUAUGCAGCGCUACAUUGACAGGAGACCCAUGUAGACUUCAGAAAUCUACUGUACUUAUUAAGCUGCCUGUGUUAAACAGAAUCUCCUAUUAUUCUACAGUUCUAAGUUGUAUCUGUAUGGGCCACAUUGCCUACUAGGAAAAAUUGGAAGCUGCCUUAUACUGAAGCAGAGCAUUGGUCUAUCUACUUCAAUAUUGUCUACACCAGGGUUUUCCAAACUUGGGUCACUAGGACUACCAUUCCCAUGAUCCGUGAGCACUGGCUCUGCUAGCUAAGCAUGAUGGGAGUUGUAGUCCAACAGCAGCUGGAGACCCGAGUUUGGGAAACCCUGGUCUACACCACUGGUGUUCAAUAGGUGGGCCGGAACCCACUAGUGGGUCAUGGCCUGAUCCAAGGUGAAUUGCAGCAGGAUGUAGGGUUGCCAUAUGUCCUCUUAUUCCAGGACACGUCCUCUUUUUCAUGGGUAUGUAAAAUGAGAGUCGUCAUAGUGAUCCAUAGUUAAAAGCAGAGAUUGGCAAAUGUGUCCUCUUUUUUGCUCUUCAAAAACAUAAACAGGAGCAGUACCCCUGUGCAAAUAUAUGGUAGAAGAUUAAGAAAUGGGUCUUCAAAUACAUGGUUAGUUUAUAAGUAGGUCCUGGGUCUAAAACGGUUGAUAUCUGGUCUAUGCAGGCUGACAGUGGGUCAGGAUUUCGGACAGGGGUCAGAUUGUAGGCAGCUACUAUUUAUUCCUGACUGUUUGUUUGUUUCUUACAUUCCUAGAUGGGAAAUAGAAUCUCAGCUAAGACUGUACUAUCCUUCUGAUUGGAUAAAAUGUUGAGAGGGGGAGUCAAGCUAUAAAGGAGGAUAGUUUGUUAGAAGGUUAUAAGAUUCAAAGAGCUGGAAUGGAAGAGCUACAAGAGUAAAGAGGCCCAAACAGAGAGCUUGAACAGUGUAAAGUAAUAGGCAGUAGAGUCAGGCAUUGGAAAAAAGGAGCCGGGGGGGGACCACAAAGGGACCCAGAAAUUGAAUCAAUGGGUGCAAGUUGAUAAGUAUUGGUUAGGGAAACAGUAUCUGAUAGAUAUAGCAGUGCAUUUUUUCAGGGGCUACUCAAGGGUACCCAGCACUGGCACCUCUUUUUGUUGUUGUUAAAAAGUGUAGCAAUUACUCUAACAACUUCAUGGUGAGCACUGGCACCUAUUUUUCUAGAAAAAAAGUACUCGAUUUAGCUGCAUGUGUUUAUCUCUAGUUAUUUUUUUUAUUUGCUUCUAUUUGAUUGAACAGCUACUCCAAUCGUAAAAUUGCUUUCUAAAAAUGCCCCCCCCCAAAAAACUGUUUAAUGUGUUGCCUUUCUUGACCUUUAACUAAAAGUACAAUUGGUUUUGUAAAAAAUAGGUUUGUGGCCACACUUAAGUGCCUUGCUAUUCUACCCAAUACAGUGGUACUUCAGGUUACAUAAACUUCAGGUUACAUACGCUUCAGGUUACAGACUCCGCUAACCCAGAAAUCGUGCUUCAGGUUAAGAACUUUGCUUCAGGAUGAGAACAGAAAUCGGGCUCUGGCGGCACGGCAGCAGCAGGAGGCCCCAUUAGCUAAAGUGGUGCUUCAGGUUAAGAACAGUUUCAGGUUAAGUACUUAAUUCGGAUCGAAUUAAGUACUUAACCCGAGGUACCACUGUACAAGGAGUAGAUGAGGACAGUUAAAGUCUGGAACAUUAAAGGGCUGUUUAGUGGAGGAAGUCAGAGAAAAAUAUAGAUGUCCACAUGGUGACAGCAUCAAAAGUAACAAGAAGGAGGAUUUGGUUUGGCUGAUUGACUUGUCGCACUUCCCACUCACAGUUCAGGCUACAGCCUAUGCUGUCACAAAGGCAGAGCUCUAGAGAUGACAGUUUCCUAAGAAGAACUUGCUGAUUCAUCACUUAUUAUGUAAGCUGCCUAUGUCAGCUGGAUACAUAUCCAGUUAGAAAUAAUACUCUGCUUUUCUUAUUCCUUGAUCAGCAUGGGGUUGUGGGUUUUGUUUUGUUUUGUUUUUGUAUGUGUGUGCACACAGUGUAUACAAAAGAAGUAGUCUAACCUCCUGGCUUUUUCUUGUCCCAUUUUAACACCUUUGUCCUUUCAGCCAAAUUAACAAGAAAAGGAGAGCUAGGUAGUUAGAUCUUGGAUGCUUACAGGAUUAUAACUCAGUGACCCAGUCAUGUCUUUAAACCAAAGCAAUUGCCCCUUGUUGAGUUUUUAUUGCUAGGUUAAUAAAUGAAAACCACUUUCCUGAUUUAUAAUGUGUGUUAACAUGGAUUUAAUCCCAUCAGCAAUGUUGGAAUGGCUAGACCCCCAUGCACCAUUCAAGGAUACUAGUGACCUUGAAGGUCAGAGUAAGGAAAGGAAUGAAGGAGUGCAGGGACACCAGAGGCUGUGACUAUCAUCCAGUAUUUCAGGAUUUUGGAUAAGAUGUGUUCUACUGUAAGGAGGGAGGGAGGAAAAAGAGUGUGAUGACAGAAUUGGUAGAGGAAACAUAUUCAGAGAUGAACAGCUAAAUGUCUUUUGACUUAGGCAUUUGAGGAAAUAAACUAAAAUUUAGAUAUUUCCUUCUGCUGCUGUCCAGUGCUUUGGCCCCCACCCCACUCAUACUACUUUCCCAUCACAUUUUAAACUAAUGUUGCUGUUUUCUUUCCCUUAAAGGAUGAUCCCUGCUACAAACAAGGCUUUUGUGGUGAACAACCUGGUGUCUGGGACAGGCUACGAUCUUUGCGUUCUGGCCAUGUGGGACGACACCGCCACGACGCUCACCGCUACCAACAUUGUGGGCUGCGCCCAGUUCUACACCAAAGAGGACUAUCCCCAGUGCCAGUCCAUGCACAGCCAGUUCCUGGGGGGGACAAUGAUCCUGAUCAUCGGAGGCAUCAUCGUGGCAACUCUGUUGGUGUUCAUCGUCGUACUCAUGGUCCGGUACAAGGUUUGCAACAAUGCCCCGGGGAAGAUGGCUAACGUUAGCAAUGUCUAUUCACAAACUAAUGGAUCCCAGCCUGUUCAGAACGGGGUCCUGCCCCAAGUCAACCCCAAAGUGGUGGUAAGGAACGAGCUCAUGGAGUUUAACUGUGAGUCUGCACACAGCAGCAUCUCCUCUUCUUCUAGCUCUGUGAAUAGUCGCGACUGCGAUGGCUACAGCCUCCAAAGUGAGCAGGGCACAUUGUCCAGUAAGUGGAGGCCCCCAUCGAGGUCAAAGCACAACAACAUUGAUCGGCUCAUGGGAGCCUUUGCCUCCCUGGAACUGAAGUGUCAGAAAAAGGAGGACACAAUAGACUCCAGAACUUCAACAGUGGCCCAUCACUCAGACAAGGAGCCACUGCUGGGCCAGCAUGAGUCCAAAUUCCGUAGCCUCCUCAUGUUGCCACUGGAGGGUAAAACUAAGCGUAGCCAUUCUUUUGACAUGGGAGACUUUUCCACCUCUCAGUGUUGCAACUACCCCAAAAAGAUCACAAACAUUUGGACAAAACGCAGUCUAUCAGUGAACGGCAUGCUUUUGCAGUAUGACGACAGUGACCUGACAGGGGCGAGGGGAACUUAUGGGAGCUCAGAGUGGGUGAUGGAAAGCACAGUGUAAAUAAGAGUGGCCCUCUGUUCCAUUCUGAAUCCCUCCAAGCAUAACAGAAGUCCAUGAUUGUUAAAAAGGCCAUAAACAUGAUGGGAGAAACACACAACACAUAUGCGCGCACACAGCCGUAUAUCGGUCAGAUAAUCAAGUUGGAUAAGAGAGGUUAUGAAAUGUUAAUAGGUGUGUGUGUGUGUGAGAGAGAGAGAGAGUGAGAGUGAGAGAAGCUGAUGAAAUGUAUCCAACACAUUCAUUAUGUUUGUGUGAAUGUCUCAAGGAAAUCACGGGUGCAUUCCUGGUGAACUGUCAAAAAAGCUUAAAUGAGGAUUAAAAACAGGUUAAGCAGCAUAUGUUUCAUUCAGAGAGGAAUUCCUUCCCUCUUCUUUUUUCUAAAAAGGAGACUCCCAUGGAUAUAAAGAUGACCUGA